CUAAAAAUAACAGCUGGUCAAGCAUUAGCCAUGCUGGCGAUGGAAAGUGUCAAUAACUGCUCAACAAUGUUAAAAGAAGCAGGGAAUGCAUUCAUUAGAGAGCUCACUGUCAUGAUCCAAGAUGACAAAUACAAAUAUGUGUCUGCAAGUCUUCUUCAAAAUCUAUGCUUGCAUGCUCAAUCCAAGUUCAGCAGCUCAGACUUGACAGAACUAUCUGGUUCCUUACGACAGGUUUUGCAUGGAAUAACUGACACAACAGUUGCAACAAAACGAGAAGUCCUUAUUGGCCUAAGUUCACAAAUAUGCCAUGUCAUUCCUGAAGACUUUGCCAUAGAACUAGAGCAUGAUCAGAUUAAGGAAACAUUAGUGAAGAAACUGGUUGAGGCACUGAAUUCAAAUACAAAACCUACUGCCCAGUGCCCCAGGAUAAGGAGGGUGAUAGUUGAGCAAGUUAUAUAUAUGAUGGAGAUCAAUUCUAGCUAUGCAACCUGUUUCGAUGAAUGCCAGAUGAUGCAAGCACUCUCAAUGGUUGAAGCAACACCUUCGAAGGUUGAAAACUACAGGCUCUUCAUGGGGAAUGAAGGACUAAUGGAAUACAGCAUACCACUCUCUAAUCUUGUGGCAAGAGCAAAAGAAGAAAUAAUGCAUCAUGUGAAAUGAUUGGUUAAGAAGGAUCUUCAGUAGUCACAAACUCACGAUUAGCAGUUUAUGUAGAUGGUACCAUUUUGUACUGCUAUCCAUGUAGGAGAUGUGCUAAAUUAAGAGUUGGUAUCUAAAUUAAGAGGGGGGAAAUGGUAUUAGCAUUGUACACAAGACGACCACGACAUAUGUGCAACUACGAGAUUUUGCCUUGCAGCGAGAAUAACUGCAGGCAUUGUAAUGAAUUUAUCUACUUUGGUACCAUUAACA